AUGAAUUUGUCAUAUUUGACGGUGCUGUUGGUAGUUGUAUCAGUCGGGCUCCGCUUGGUGGAUUCAGCUGAUGAUAUCUGUUCCCUGUCACCCGAUGCUGGUGAUUGUAAAGGAGCGUGUCCACGUUAUUACUACGACGCUAAGAGAGGAAGAUGCCGCCGCUUUACGUAUGGUUGUUGCGGAGGAAAUGCAAACAAUUUCAAAACAAAAUCCCUUUGUGAAACGGUCUGCAAACCUAAAGGAAAGUAUAGUUCUACUAACUCUCAAUAUAUUUACACAUUUUUACCGACACGUUCAGUAACGUUGAUCUGUUUUUUAGCUUGCAUAGCCAUAGCCUGUUUGAUUGGUGCCUGUACGAUUCAAACCUGUCCCAAUUAUCCUGAUGCCAUUUGUAGAGCUGUGUGCCCCUGUACAUCUCUAUGGCUGUACGAUGGACAGGACGUGACUAAUCGCUGCCACGACCCAAAACCAGAAUAAGCCACAAAACAAGACAUGGUCGAUACAAUUGUAUGGAGACCUUAA